CCCAUUUCGCUUUCCGUCAUAUUGUUUUCUCUCUCCAUUUCUCUGUAUCGUUUUCUCUCUCCGUCCUACAUCUAGGGUUUUCUCUGUCUCCUCAUGCCCCUUGAGAGGUUCACCAGGAGGAAGAUGGUUCGGUUAAGUUGCACAAAUCUGCGGGGUUACGAGACCGAGGAGUGAAGAAGGAUCAAGAUCAUCGAGAUCGAGACAGGGACUGAGACCGAUCGAGUCGGAGCAAGAGGAAACCAGCUGAUGAAAUGAUAGGCUGUUCCAAGAAAGCUCGAGCGCGAUGGCGUUGGAUGCGCUCUACCUGUUGAAGCUCCUCCUCAGGUCUGGCCCUCCCGUCGCUACCAUCCCUCAGAUAUUGGCCAACAAUAGUUUCUUCCUGAACUGCAAUAACCUAACCAUUGUAGCUGGUUCUUAUGAAGAUUUCUUUAACUGGAACAAAGUCAAGAUACGCUAUUGUGAUGGUGCAUCUUUUGCUGGGCACCCUGAAAGUGAGUUUAAGAAUGGAACAGAACUAUUCUUCAGGGGUCAGCUUAUUUGGGAAACACUUAUGGAUGAGCUCUUGUCAAUUGGAUUGUCUAAUGCUAGACAGGUGAAAAAGCGAACUGAGACAAGAAGACCUCCUAAGGAAGUGCAAAGUGAUGGCUUCAUCGAAGCGAGCUGGACACUAAGGAAAUUGUAAAAAAUAAAUAAAUAACAUAGACAAAAACUCAAUAAUUCC